GGGGAUUCCAGGGAAGAAAUGUGGGACAAUAAUCGUGAAGGCAGAGGAGCUGAGCAACUGCAGGGAGUCUGUGCUGAUGCAAUUCUGUGGCAACAAACUGGACAAGAAGGACUUCUUUGGCAAAUCGGAUCCGUUCCUUGUGUUUUACCGCAGCAAUGAGGACGGAACCUUUACCAUUUGCCAUAAGACAGAGGUGGUGAAGAACACGCUGGAUCCUGUGUGGCAAGCCUUCAAAAUCCCCGUCAGAGCCCUGUGCAAUGGAGAUUAUGACAGAACGAUCAAGGUUGAAGUGUAUGACUGGGAUCGUGACGGCAGCCAUGACUUCAUCGGAGAGUACAGCACAAGUUAUAGAGAGCUGUCAAGAGGCCAGUCGCAGUUUAAUGUGUAUGAGGUCAUAAAUCCCAAGAAAAAAGGAAAGAAGAAAAAAUAUCUCAACUCUGGAACUGUGACGCUGCUAUCAUUUCUCGUUGAUACCGAAGUCACGUUCCUGGAUUACAUCAAAGGCGGGACUCAGAUCAAUUUCACAGUGGCGAUUGAUUUCACAGCUUCUAACGGCAACCCUGCCCAGCCCACCUCCCUCCAUUACAUGAGUCCCUACCAGCUCAACGCCUACGCCAUGGCGCUGAAAGCCGUGGGGGAGAUCAUACAGGACUAUGACAGCGACAAGAUGUUCCCCGCGCUGGGCUUCGGAGCCAAACUGCCCCCUGAUGGGAGAAUAUCCCAUGAGUUCGCCCUGAAUGGAAACCCUCAGAACCCAUAUUGCAAUGGCAUUGAUGGAGUCAUGGAGGCGUAUUACCAGAGUCUUAAAUCUGUCCAGCUCUACGGUCCCACCAACUUCUCACCCGUCAUCAACCAUGUAGCCAGAUACGCCGCCUCAGUAAAGGACGGAUCGCAGUACUUCAUCCUCCUCAUCAUCACGGAUGGAGUGAUUUCGGAUAUGGCCCAGACAAAGGAGUCCAUUGUUAAUGCUGCAUCUCUUCCCAUGUCAAUUAUCAUCGUUGGAGUUGGACCAGCGGAGUUUGAUGCCAUGAUUGAGUUGGAUGGGGAUGAGGUCAGAAUCUCAUCGAGGGGCAGAUAUGCUGAACGAGACAUCGUACAGUUCGUUCCAUUCAGGGACUACAUCGAUCGCACCGGAAAUCACAUCCUCAGCAUGGCCCGUCUGGCCAAAGACGUUCUGGCUGAGAUCCCAGACCAGUUCCUAUCCUACAUGAGAACCAGAGGCAUCAAGCCGUCCCCUGCUCCUCCUCCGUACACCCCUCCAGGACACCCGCUGCAAACUCAGAUCUGAAACGGGGCCCGGCGGCGAGCCUUGCAGCACACCAGUAUCUCUUUCUCAAGUCGCUCAGCGAGGUGAAGGUUUCCUCAGCUCUUUCUGUCCCUUUUCUCUUUGCACUACGGGGGCUGUAGUCGGACACCACGGUUUGGCAGGAUUCUGAGGACAGGUUUACUUCCAUCACGGGCGUUCUCUGUCAGGAUGUCUCUCGGUUUCUCUCUCUCUGUCUCUCAACGCUUGUGUCUGAGGGCCGCGUUACUGAAUGACCGUCGCAUUUAGGAGGUGUUCAUGAAGGCAAGGAAAAAGUGACGACGUUGCGCCCGGUGUCAGAACUCAGAGCAGCUUCCUCUUCCUCAGACAGGGAAAAGGCCAACAAAUCACCAGUCGCCAACAAGACUGUUGUAAAUAACUCUCUUCCGUCGUUUCUUAUCUCUUCCUCCUCUUUCUUCUCUGAGCUCUCACUCAAUGUUUACAUGUUAUGGAUUUUCUUACUGGUGGAGCCAACUUUUUUACGAGCGUGUUUCUUCGACAUGAACUUUGCCGUACGAAUCCUCGCAUCGUGUUAUCUUUGCCAUGCCCGUCAGGUGGCAGCGGCCGGUGUCGUUGCAGAAAACCACAUUUCUUGCAUGGAAAUGGUGUGCCCAGGCAUGCGAUGCAUGUUGUGCGAUGUUCAUGUUUUUUGGCCUUCUCUUGUGCUUUCACUCACUUUCUCUUUCUCUCUCCUUUUUUUUAUUAUUAUGAUUAUUAUCGUUAUUGUUUUGCCCUGGCACACUGGGCGCUUCAUUGUGUACAAACAGAAAAAAACCUCAUGGAACUCGACGUGCUUCAUUACAUUUAAAUUAGAGCAGCUGCUCUCAAAUAAGAGCCCAGCGGUCAAAAACACAGAUGCCAUUAUUAUUUCAUGUCUUAAAACAUCGAGUGGAUGCUUUGCCGUCGUUUCGUUGAUGCUGUGUGUGCCAUUCAUCAUAUUUAAUCAUUACCAGGUAGAGUUGCCCAAAGAUAGUGUCAAAAAAAGCACAAACGAAAUCCUCCGUCUUGGAUUUCGCUGUGAACAGUGUUGAAUUAUGAUAAGUUAUAUGUGUGACCCUGGAUCACAAAAUCAGUCUCGAGACACACAGAUAGAACACAGACACAGAUAGAGUCACAGAUAGAAGCAAGAAGGUUGCUGGUUUGAGUCCGUUUGGUGUUUCUGUGUGGAGUUAUGCCUGUGUUUGUGUGGGUUUCCU